AUGGACGCAAGGCAACAAGACUACCCGCAGUCAGGUUUGAGCUCACCAUACCCAACGUACCCUGAAGCACCUUCUGAGGGUGCCUUUGCAGAUCAAGCAUCUGCUGCGCAAUAUCCUCCGCAAGGACAAGACCCUCGAGCUUCGAACCUUACUCCUACCUCCGAGUACAGCAGCCUUCCACCGUCUGCUCGGUCAGGCUCUUUCCCGGAAUACAUUCAACGUUCGUACCAACCAGGCGCUCAAGGACAAGCACCCGGAGGUAUGGCGCAACAACAAAGUCCGUCAAUGCCUCUCUCUGAUGGUCAAACCAAUGGCCAUCAUCAAUCUCAACCACUCAAGUCUGACACCGAUGUUCCUAUAGAUCCAUCGAUCGCCGCCCAGACGAGCCCAACCUACCCUCAUCAGCAACAGUAUUCGCCUUACACCCCUCACCACGACAUGCAGCACUACCCAGGACACCCGCAGACGCCAAUGUAUGCGUCGCGUCCUGAGUGGGCUGGACAGUACGCCCAGCCUGGCAUGCACUAUGGGCAUCCGGCUUCGUCGGGCCCUCCUGCACCUGCAAUGGUAUCGCCUGUGCAAAGACCACCAACAGGCGGUCAUCCUUUGUCAACCGUAUACUCGUUUGUGCCCAUCCCAGGUGCGCAGCAACACAAGCGACCCCGCCGACGGUACGAAGAAAUCGAGCGCAUGUACAAGUGUGGCUGGAACGGCUGCGAGAAGGCCUAUGGCACAUUGAACCACCUCAACGCGCAUGUCACAAUGCAAUCGCACGGUGCAAAGCGAACACCAGAAGAAUUUAAGGAAAUCCGUAAAGAGUGGAAGGCCAAGAAGAAGGAGGAGGAGGCUCAGCGCAAGGCCGAUGACGAACGCCAACGCGCCGAGAUGCACCAGCACGCACAGCAGCAGCGCGUCGCGCACGACGGUGGCCCUCCUGAGGCACCUGUCUACGGACAAAUGCGCCAGGCUGUAGGUGUGCCAGGUCAACAGCCCCCGCAUCCUCAGCUUCCUCCCAUCGGGUACCAGCCGGCUGCCUCUGGCUCAUCAGCUGCUCCUCAAUACGGCACACACAGCCCCGGUCUUCCUGAGGGCAUGGCACAGUAUGCGACCCCCAACGAUGUUUUGCACAUUUCCAGUAAUAACGUCAAAAAUAGCUACCCUCAGUCGCCAUACGGCCAGAACCCUCAGAUGUACCAGCAAGGUCAUUAG